UUUAGAAGACAUAAAGAUAAGUCUGCAUAGACCCGUCCAUGAACCUAUACACAUUGACAUUUUUUGGGUAGAUCCCUUGUACCCAUAUAUUCAGUGAUGUCAAUUUUUUUACAUAUUUUAAUAGCAUGGUUAUCACUAACAUUUAUGUAUUUUCUUUAUGAAUCCUAUCUACCAUUAUAAGAAAAUCUCCUUCUACCAACUAUGGUGAUAUAAUAUUAUUUUGUAGUUACAACAUUUCAGCAUUCUUAAUAACAAUUAUACAAUAGAGAUUCCAAAAUGUUUAUGAUUGAUUUUUUUUUAAAAGAAGUUGAAUUAUAAAGCAUUUUAUCAACCAAAUUAAUAAGGGGGCGUGAGAGAAGUCCAUUUGAAAUAUCAUUUUCAUGUACAGUGGUGGAACCAAAUACACUCGGAAAAGUAGACAGAUGGGGUUUUCCUGUGGAUGAAUUUUCAUUAUGAAUUAGAAUCUCUUAGAAAUAAAAACCGAAAAGGUCCCAACCAGUUUAUAAAUCGUUGAAAAUUAAAUUCAACUCUCACAAAAAUAAGAUUUUAAGACAAUCGUAGACUCAUCAUAGUGCACCCUUUACAGAAAAACCCAACCACCGCCACUGGAUUAUAUAGAAGAAAAUACAGAACUGCUCAAUUCAUAUGGAAAAUUAGUUGGAGAUCUAAUAAAUAAAUUAAAUAAGAUUGUUUGUUAAGAUUUAUAUAAAUUAAAGGGGAAUUCUAUAAAAUAAACAUUUUUUAGUUCCAAAUCUAGCAAUAAUAAAAUAAUACAUUAUCUUAAACUUCCAAUAAUGGCACACAUUUUUAUAUGAAAAUGAGUAAACACAUCUUUCUAACAAUCAAUGUUUUGAAAACCGGAUUGAUUAUUGAAUACCAACUCGAUUGACUGGUUAAACCAGUUUAACCGGUCAAAUUAUUCUUUUAAAUUAAAUAUAUAUAAUCAUAUAUAUAUUUAUACUAUAUCGAUCUCAAAAAUAGUUAUGCAUAUGAUAUGUUUUCUGUUCUCUUUAAUUAAGUAAAAAAUAAAUAAUAAAAAUAAAUCUAGCUAUAAAUACAAAAUAAACUAAUACUAUAUAAAUUUAAAUUGAUAAAAAUAAAAUGAUUGACCUUUCAAAUUACAAUAUUUAUUUAUUCUUAUAACUAAUUCCCAAAUUUUAUGAAUAUGAAAAAAUGAGAAUAUUAUAUGAUUUUCAAAAAUAGAAUUUUUACAUUCUCUCUUGAGAAAUAGAAUUAAAUAGAAAAGCAAUUAGAUAGUGAUAGUCAAACAUUUAAAAAUAAAUUUUAAUAACAAUUAAAAAUACAUUAAUUAUGUAUUAUUUUUUGAAUAGAGUUUUGAAGUUAACUGUGUCAUCGUUUUACCAUCUUCUAGCCGGUUUUACCGAUUUUUUAAAUUCGGAUUUUAGACUGAACGGGAGUCGGCGUCUUCAACGAAUCACGGUUGGAUGAUUCAAUCGGCCGGUCCGGUUUUAAAACACUGCUAAUAAUUUUUUUGGAUAAAUUUAAUAAUUGAAGAAAUCUAAAUUUUAAACCGAAAAUAGUGAACCCACACGGAAUAUUUUAAUUUUGUGAUAAGUAUUUUAUGGUGUUCAUAAGAAAUAAAAGUGAUAAGUAUUUUAUGUAACAGUUUGUGUUAUUUCGGAAGUUUAUAUUUAAUAUGGUAAACUUGAAUAUUGACUUUCAAAUGUGCCAAUUUAAGAUUUUUCUCUUAGAUAAAAAGUAGAUGAUAGUUGAGGAACUUAAUGGCACUUUCUCUUUAGCUACGAGUGGAAAUAUUAUCUGUCAAUACAUUUUAUCUGUCUGCAAUAAAGUCAUUUUUGGGUUUGCAUUGCUAAUUUGCAAUAGACCAUCAUGAGAAAGGACCGACCAUAUUUAGAUAACUAGAGAACUUUGAGAUAGAGACAUGAGUAUUUUUUUUCUUUCUAUAUUUUAAUUUAAAAAGUAUUUCAUAUUAUUUCAUAUUAUUGACCUUAUUAAUCUCUUUUAAGUUACAGAAUGAUAUCAUAAUGUAUCUCCAAAUUGAAUUGAAAUCAAACACUAUUUAAAAUGCAUGUGGCUUUGUUUUCAACUAUCACCAACUUCUACUCCAAAUCAAUUAAAUGCAUUUUGUAAACGGUUUAAAAAAACUUUUUCCUUUUAUACUCUCAUACAUAAGCAUAUCUAUAAGACUAUAACCAUUCUCUUUUUUUUUUGUGCAACCAUCUAUAACCAUUCUCUAUAAAUAAAGAAUUCUCUUUUCUUCAUGAACCAUUGAAUCAAAAAUAUCAAAUCCAACGCCCACUCAAAAACAAUGACAACAAAACUCAUUGUCCUCUUCACGCUCUUGCUUCUCACACUAACACUUUCCCACUCACGCCCGACCGGACCCGAAUCUGUCUCGGAUCAGCUCAAGAAAAGCUCCAAAGGUAAUAAUAACAAGAAUGACAAGGGCUAUGGAUCAGGGGGAUACUUUGGGCCCGGAACCGGAUCUGUACCAGGAACUGGCUUUGGAUUACCCGGUUUCACAGGUAAGGAUUGGGGAAACAUUGGUGGUGGAUAUGGUGGUGGUUACGGCGGACCUACCGGUGGAUACAACAAAGGAGGUGUGGUGAGACCAACGGUGGUGUGUAAAGAGAAAGGUCAUUGUUACAUGAAGAAGCUGAGGUGUCCGGCCAAGUGCUUCAAGUCUUUCAGCCGCUCCGGGAAAGGAUACGGUGGUGGUGGUGGAGGCGGUGGCUGUACCAUCGACUGUAAGAAGAAAUGUAUGGCUUAUUGUUGAAAUGUAACGCCUACGGAAAAUGUUUUUUUUUUUGGUUAAUGAGAGGCAUUAUUUGGCAUGUUUUAAUUUUAUCUUACAAUAAACGAUAUAUCUAUCAUGUCAUAUGGUUAAUUUAUCCAUAAUAUUUAUCAUCCUCUCAACGGUAUUGCAAGCUUCCUUUCAACCAAUACUUCCACCACUCCUGAUCUUUGUAACUUUGUUAGGAAAAAUUAGAACAAGAUUAUGUGAUUUAUUGUAACUUCUUUCUCUGCAUAGAAUGCGAUCAUUCAAAUUUAGGAGAAUUAUGUGAAAUUAUAUCUGAAAACUCAAACAUUGACUGAUUCAAGAUGUAAGAUGGGUUCUUAGAAAGACUAAAUAAUUCUUUGUUCAAAAAAAAAAGAAAGACUAAAUAAUUCAUGAAUGGUUUCUAAAAUGGCAAAAAAUGUUAUGAAUCUGAACUCUAAACUUUUGAACAAACAAAUUUACAUUACAUAAAGGUAUCAAGAAAAAUCAAAUCAUUUUUUUUUUUGCUUACAAAGCAGAGAGACGUGAAGACAGAAUCUAAAAACGAAAGAAACAGUGAAACUUACAUACAAACCAAGUGUUACAGUAAGCUCUCUCACACGGCAGCUCUCAGGGCUCCUCUGGCCGCUUCUCGUCUCAGCUCAUCUUGUUUCCCGCUGCCUCGGAAGUACAUAUACACUUGCUG